GCUAAAAACGGAAGUAGGUACGUGGCCGCUUUAGGCAGCUGACAUUCUGCAUGAUGGCGACAGAGGUUCAGAGCGCCGACCUCAACAAUGGCAGUUCUAGCCGGCUCGAAGUCUCCAUCGACGGCCUCACCCUCAGCCCCGAUCCCGAGGGCGAGCAAGUCGCUGAACCUGACCCCGAGCAUGAUACGGAGGACCAGAGCGCCACCGACGAUAGGGAAGAAGGCGAGUCUUCCAAAACCACGAUAGAGAGGAAAUGGGGCUUUGGUUUGCUGGAGCUAUACAGACUAGCCUUGAAAUUCUUCAAAGAUAAGGAUGGCAAGGCCUUCCACCCCACCUAUGAGGAGAAGCUUCGUCUGGUGGCCCUCCACAAGCAGGUGUUACUGGGGCCAUACAACCUCGACGCCUCUCCAGAGGUGGGCUUCUUUGACGUCCUGGGAAAUGACCGCAGGAAAGAGUGGGCUGCUCUGGGUAACAUGGAGAAGGAGGAGGCUAUGGUGGAGUUUGUCAAGCUGUUGAACAAAUGCUGUAAUUUAUUUGCACCCUAUGUCACCUCCCACCAAAUAGAGAAGGAUGAGCAGGAGAGGAAACGGAGGGAGGAGGAGGAACGACAGCGCCGGGAGGAUGAAGAGAGGGAGCGACAGAGGCAGGAGGAGGAGAGGAAGAUGAUCAAGGAGGAGGAGAGGCUGAAGAGGGAGGAGGAGGAGAGGAGGCAGUUGGAGGAGGAGAGGCUACGGGUGGAGCAGCAGAAACAGCAGAUCAUGGCAGCACUGAAUGCCCAGACGGCGGUGCAGUUCCAGCAGUAUGCUGCCCAGCAGUACCCAGAGAGCCCUGAGCAGCAGCUGGGUCUCAUACACCAGCUACAGGAACAACACUACCAACAGUACAUGCAGCAGCUCUACCAGGUCCAGCUGGCACAACAACAGGCAGCCUUACAGAAGCAGCAGGAGGAUGCGGUGGUGAAGGCCACCCUGGAGGCCACUAGUGAGCCUGUAGCUGCAGCGCUCGCGGCUAGAGAGAAGGUCCCCUUGCUCAAUGGCCAGUCAGACUCCCACUCUGAGGGCAUGAACAGAGAGCCAGAGCGUUUAGAUCCUGCUGAGGAGGCCACUGAGAAUGGGCCAAUAGGUACACACACGCAAAGGCCAGCAGACUCUCCCCCGGUCAUAGCAGCCCCCUCCAUGUGGACGCGACCCCAGAUCAAGGACUUCAAGGAGAAGAUUCGGCAGGACGUGGACAGUGUGAUCACGGUGGGGCGUGGCGAGGUAGUGACAGUGCGAGUGCCCACCCACGAGGAGGGCUCCUACCUCUUCUGGGAGUUUGCCACGGACCACUACGAUGUCGGCUUCGGAGUCUUCUUUGAGUGGACAGAUGCCGCCAACGCCUCGGUCAGUGUGCACGUCAGCGAGUCCAGCGACGAAGACGAGGAUGAGGAAGGUGAGCCCCCUAGUGAGGAGGAGAAGGCUAAGAAAGAGGCAGGGAAGCCGCAGGUGGAUGAGAUAGUGCCGGUGUAUCGGCGGGACUGUCACGAGGAGGUCUACGCCGGCAGUCACCAAUACCCUGGCCGUGGGGUCUACCUUCUCAAGUUCGACAACUCUUACUCUCUUUGGAGGUCAAAAAGUGUCUACUACAGAGUCUACUACACCAGAUAAGCCUGGAGGGACUACAUGAGGCAGGGUGUGUGUUUGAAGAGAGGAAGGGGGGGAUGGGAUGAUCUGUUCUGGACUAGAUCUCCAGAGGGCGAUAGAGUUGCGUCGGACUCCCGUUGGAGAUGGGACUCCUGUCUGUUUGUGUGUGUGUGUGUUC